AGACGCUGGUAGGUUACGUAAUAGUUCGAGGGGGAUUGUGGGAGCUUGAGUUGUUUUGACCGGCGCUACCAACUCAGACACUACCAUCAUACCGGGAGGUGGAACUACAAUCCACGGCGACCCGGAAGUACUCCACGUCUGAGUUCACUUUGUGUCGACUCAUGCUCUGUUCCACCUCAGAGCCAUGUGUGUUGAGCUAAAAUACGUAGUGAGUUACAUCGUUGGCAGUUAUUUCUGAACUAUAAAACAUGCCGAAGGACAUUUCUUCGUCUUCGAGCGAAGAUGAAACGGAUAAUGUUGCCACGGAAACAACAGAGCGGCAGGAGGAACCCGCGAGGAAGACCGCGCGGGUGGAGUGUCCUCAGGACUUUGUGUCUUUCUGCCACGUCCCCUGCAGCAGCACGCUGGCAGACAAUCUGAGGAACAACGAGAACGAGUUGUGGCUCAUUAAAGCUCCUGCCAGCUUCGACCCCCACUGCUUCAGCGGCGUCCAGGUUCCCCUGUCGGGUCGCCGGACCCUGAAGGUUCCGGUUGGACCGGUCCAGCAGCGCUACAGCGUCCUGGCGUCGUCCCGACCCAUUGACCUUCACCUGCUCACCAGCGACAGCCGGACGUCGGACGGCUUCGUCGUCGCUCCGGCCUUCUCUAGGCUGCUGAACAUCUGCGAGAGCUACAAGGACGCGGGCGGCGGGCGGGCGCCACACGUCGUGCCGGCCGCCCCGGCGCCCGCCGUCCCAGCCGGCCUCAAGCAGCGGUUCCACCCGUUCGGCAGCAAGACUCCAAAGCUCACCUACGUGGCGGAGAACGAGGCGGACGGAGCCGCGUUCGGGCCGUCGACGACGACGCUGCGGCCGCUGGUGGUGAAGCAGUUCAUAGAAGAUGGAGGCCGAGUGGAUGAGGAUGACGAGGACGAAGGCAGGAAGAGGAAAAAGAAGAAGAAGAAACAGAAGCGGUUAAAGUCGGAAGAAGUGGAAGUGUUGCUGCAGAUGAAAGAGGAACCAUCUGAUGAAAAUCUGGAUGAAGCGACGGCGGUCCAGACGAUGAAGAGGAAGAAGAAGAAGAAGAAGAAGGACAGGGAGGAGGGGGACGAGGAACUGGAGCCCAGCGUGGAAGUUAAGGUGGAACCAGUUUCUGUGAAAUGUGAGCCGCUGGACGUUUCAUACUGUGACGCAGCAGAGGGUUCAGGGAAGAGGAAGAAGAAGAAGAAGAAAAAUAGAACUGAGGAGGACGUUCUCUGCUGAUUCCCUCCAUCUUUAAAUGUCUUCAGACAUAAACGCUUAAAGCUGCAGCAUGUAACUUUUAUUUUAAAAAAAGCUUUUUUUCAUGUUUAUGAGACCAAUAAUCUCUGAAAAGAUUGAUCUCCUCCACCUCAUCCCUGAGAAGAAAUGACCAAAAACAACCAAUCAGAGCCUGGAGGCGGGGCUUAGCGCUGUCAAUCAUCGUAAUUUAUCAUUUAUGCUGCUAAAAGUGCUAGAGGCGGACAUUAAUAUUUGUCAAUGGAAGGUGAUUGACAGCGCCAAGACCCGCCUCCUGGCUCUGAUUGGUUGUUUCUAGUUAGUACUGGGAGAAAAGAGAUCAGCUUUUUCACAUGUUCUCAGCCUAAAACCAUAAUUAGUUUGAAAACAUUUCUUAAAGACGGUUACAUAUCUCGUAACUGUCUUUAAAGAGACAGGUAAAAACAGUUUAAACAGUUUAAGUAUGUAAAAAGACAGUUGCGUACUGUCUCUUUAAAGACAGUUUCCCUCACAGCAGCUGGACGAGGCGGCAGCAUGGGAAACGGGGAAUCAUCUCCUCGUUCUGGUCCGGUUUCUGUCGACUCCUGGUGGAUUUCACAGCCUUAGAUACGCUAAAAAAAACAGAUUUACUGUGGGUUUUUUAGCCAAAGCUUUGAGGACUGAUUUGGGCCACAAAACUCUGUAAAGAAAUUAAAGAAACUUAAA